AUGGCUGAUGAGAAAUGGGGAAAGAUAAAGCCCCCUUGCUUUGGAGAAGAAGAUUUUGGUUUUAAGCUAGGAGUGUUGGGAAAUAACCUUUAUGUACUUAGUAUGAACGUCCUCCUCACUCGCGUAAAUAUAUGGGUUAAGGAGGAGUAUGGGGUUAAAGAGUCCUGGACAAAAAUGUAUACCAUAAAGUGUCUCAACGAUCUUGACAAGCAUUUUCUUUACCCAUCAUGUUACAUGUCAAAUAUAGGUGAGACUCUGCUUGUUUAUGUAGCACCUAGAAUGAUACAGAAUCAAGAGGAUACACCAUUUGUUAUCAAAAAGAUAUGCGAUGAUCCGAUUAAAUAUGCAGAGGUUACUAACUUUGGUGCCCGUUUGUCAAAUGAAAUCUACAUUGAAAGCCUUGUCUGUCCGCUUUCACAAAACCAACAAGGAUUAAGCAACAAUGAAGGUUGCAGGUGCUCAGAUGAAUUACAAUUGUGUAACUUAUGA